AUGUCAAGGGAAACAGCUGACACCUUGGAACUUGGCCACACCUUAAACCAACUCAACAUUGCCGCCAACUCCCUCACCCCUCUCCCCCCAGAAGGAAUUCUAUUGCCUAGCAAUGUACACCAUAAUUAUGGGGACCUUCAGAUGGCGCUAUUGGGCAAAAUCUAG